UGUGUAUUAUUUUACUUUUUUUUUUAAUAUAUAUAUUUUUAGUGUUGUCCUUUUGUCAAUAGCACACUGUAAAUUGAAAAGAGUAAUGAAAAAUUUAAAAAAUAUGAGAUAAGUAAAUCAGUCAAAAUGUAGAGGAUAUGAAUUAUGUCACCAACUAUGACAUCACGAUGGAGAACUGUCUCAAGACAUUUGGACACUUUGAAAGUUCUUUGUAUUCAUCCAUUCAAGUCAACGCCUGUUUUAUACCGGAGCUAAACCAACAUGCGCAGAAAAUAUGAAAGAGAUUCACUUGCAGACCUGUCAUCUGCGUGCGGGUUGCGUUUGGCCUCUACCACAAGCCACUGGUCAACCCGGUCAGGUAAUAAAUCACAUCCAAGAUUACACUUUGCACCCCGGUGCCAGACAGAGCUCACUCACUCACCUUACGUAUGGCCUCUAGCUCAAUAAUACAUCUACAUUUAAAGGAAUUUCUCGCAAGUCAGAGGGACUUGCAUCAGAAUCCUUUGGAGGAAGGUUAACAACAAUGUCUCAAACCACAGUGCCCACUAUUACAAAGGAGAAGUGAGUGGAUAUGACCUAACCUGCCUGGUCCUGUUUAUACAUACUGUGGUUAAGAAAAACAACACGUUUGCCAAAUGUAUUUAACAAUUCAUUUGGCAUAAGGAGCACGCAGCAUUCAGAAAAACCAGGACAACGCAGUGGUGUGGUCGAUUGGUGAAUGGCUUAACAGAAGACAUGGCUUGAUCACGUGAGGGGAAACCUCCGGAAUUAGCCGAUUAGCUCCAUGUCCAAGUGGCCGGUCCUGCUCUGCUGUCUACCUGUAGCUUGCGUGACCCAGCCAAACCCAAGAAAUCCUCCGCUAAUCCCCCUGCUCCACCCCUCCCCCCACACAGUCAAUCUGACGGGUCCCUUAUUCUGUAAAAAGAUCUUCAGCCUGCGUACUGUUGCUUCUUAUGGGCUUUGAAAGCUCCUUUUUCAUUCUUUUACGCUUGUUUUUUUUCCCCGGGAAGGAUUAUUCUCCAGGCUCUCAAUGAAUCCGGAUGUCUUUUUUCCUGAUCUCUCCUCGAUGUGAGAACUGUGAGGGCUUUCGGUGAAACCAUGCGUCGACUUCUCUAUGUGCAUGUAUUCCUAUGCUGCCUCAGUAUGGCUCGUCCCUUCUGUCCCUCCCAGUGCACCUGUGUCUUCCACGGACGUACUGAUGGAUCAGGAACAAGAUCUGUGCUCUGCAAUGACCCAGACAUGUCUGACAUCCCUGUCAAUGUCCCCGUGGAUACGGUUAAACUACGUGUUGAGAAAACCGGCGUACGCAGAAUACCAACAGAAGCUUUUUACUACUUGGUGGACCUGCGGUACCUGUGGAUUACUUACAAUUCCAUAACCUCAGUGGAUACUGGAAGCUUCUACAACCUCAAAGUGCUCCACGAGCUCAGGCUGGAUGGAAACAUGAUCUCCAUGUUCCCAUGGGAGUCUCUAAAAGAGAUGCCCAGGCUGAGGACACUGGAUCUACACAACAACAGACUCACUACUGUUCCCAAUGAGGCUAUCCCUUACCUCCUCAACAUUACCUACUUGGAUCUAUCCAGCAACAAAUUAACAAGCCUCCCUUCUGACCUCAUGGAUAUCUGGCCUCCCUUCAAUGGGGCUCCCGUUUCUACCAAUUCCUCCCAGAAGAUCGUGUUAGGCCUUCAAGAUAAUCCCUGGUACUGUGACUGCAAAAUCUCCAAGCUGAUUGAGAUUUCUAAAAUGGCAGACUCGCCAGUGGUGUUCAUGGACUUAUUCCUGACCUGCAGUGGACCAGAGAAUCUGGCUGGCGUCCUUUUUCAGCGUGCGGAACUUGACAAUUGUAUAAAACCAUCAGUCAUGACUUCGGCAACCAAGAUCACGUCUACCUUGGGCAGUAACAUUCUCCUACGAUGUGAUGCCACAGGGAUCCCGACACCAACUCUGUACUGGACCAAGUCAGGUGGCUCGCAAGUCAACAGCACAGUUCAGGAGUCACCUGGGGAGGGCGUCAGGUGGUCCAUCAUGAGCGUGCAUGGAUUAAUGUACAAAGACGCUGGAAACUACAGCUGCAAAGCCAAGAAUGUUGCCGGCAGUGCAGAGGCAACCAUUUCUCUGUUGGUUGCUGGUAGCAUUAGUACCACAAUCCCCCCAGUGGGGCCCAGCAUCGCAACUGGACCAACCAGCCAAGGCACAACAUUUAACCCCACAACAGACAUUACCGACUUGCCCUUUGUAACCUCUACAGUUCUCCCAAGAACCUCCACACCACAACCUGCUGUCCCCAAGAGGCCGAAAACUACCCCAAGCAACGGUUUACAGAAAGGAUCACUCAAACAAUCAAAGUCCCAGCAAGGAGGCAAUGGGCGGAAGCUUGCAGCAGAUGAAAAAAGCAAGAAAAGUGAUGCAUCAAAGUCUAUCAAAGACCUAAAGAUUGUAGAGGAAACAUCUGACAGUGCAGUGUUGCUCUGGACAGCAGAUGGUUUACAGAAGGAUGCCCCACUUACAGUUGUAUAUUCACCCUAUGGUGAGGAUGAAACCAAAAGGACAGAGGAGACUAAUGCGGGCAGUGGAAAGGUCCUUCUAGAGGGACUGUCAACUGGAAUGAGGUACUCGGUUUGCCUCGUAGCAAAAGGUAGCGAUGCCGGAAAAGAUCCUUGCAUUGACUUCUACACACUGGACACUGUAGAGGAUGGUGGGCAGAACCAGCUUUUCACCAUCAUAAGCGGCAUCGCCUGUGCUUUGGUUUUGCCUCUUAUUGCUCUGUUGCUCUACAAGAUUCUGGCUCUCUACUGCAAAGGACCCAACCCAUCUUCGGAUGAGGAAGAACUAGAAAAAGAAAGCUACGUCAAGUUCGAGACAAUAUCAAUGAAACAACGAACUCUGAACUCUCAUCCAACUGAGCUUUGGGCAAGGAGAGCGACCAAUGACUCGGAGCGAAUGCUCCUUUGCUCCAGGUCGAGCAUAGACUCUCAAAUGACCUAUAAGAGUGACAGUUCGCGAUCCGAGUAUCUCUGCUGACGUCAGGAAUCCAUGGCCAAUGACCCAAAUGCCACAUUAGAAAGACAUUAUAUGACAUAUUAUUUAUAUGCCUUUUAUGACACAGAUAAUAUAUUAACUAUGAAAUUAGUUAUACAUUUUUUAAAAUUGUGUUUCUGUGGGGUGAUUCAGGUGGUUUAACACUUUUUUUCGCCCCUUCCCAUCAACUAUCAGUUUAUAAAGAUUUAUAUAAUGAUUUAUUUGACUUUGUUAACAAGCCAAGAUUCGAGGGAUGCUGUUUUUUAAAACCAAAAUCUGAUUAGCCAAUUGCUGACAUUUAUUUUUUCACAUCCUUAUAUAUUUCGGAGCCUUAUAUUUCAUUUUAAAAAAUAAAUAUUUGUCACUACAGCACAGCACCUUUGUUGGACUAAAUCGUAACUAGUACCAUACAAGGAGCCUGUCAGUUAACUGUGUGUAGUGUCCAAUGUUAUUUCUAUGCCAAAGUUUAAGUGUCAGAUAUGAAUAUCAUGUGGUGUGUCAAGCAGGACCCAUUAACAUCUCCCCAUCACAUUUACAACUUCAUUGUUGUGUUAAGCAUUAAACGUACUGUUGCCUUACUGGACAAGAAUGCACCAUCAGUGUGUUUGAUAGGAUAUGUGACUUGUCUGGUAAAUCACUGUUCCUAUGAGUUCAUGUAUAUAUUUGUCCAUGAAUUGAGUUGUACUUUUUUAUUAUUAACCAUUAAUAAAAACUGUUUUAUUCCA